GCCGCAUGUCCCACAGGUCUCAGAGGUCAUCCGUACUGCCACUUUGACUGGAGCGCUUUCAGCCUCAGCCCGCUUGCGCCUCAGCCGCCGCCGCCCCGUUGGAAGCAGCCACGGGCGCCAUGUUCCGCUCCGCGUGCCUCCUGGCCGCCGGGUCGCUCGUGCUCUACGGCGCGAGCGGCUUCGUGUCCCCGGCGCAGCCCACGGCCGUCUCGAGCGUGGCCCGCAGCCUGUCCGCGUCGGCGCUGGCCGCCGCUCAGGAGGCCGCGCCGGCCUCCAGCGGCAGCGCCGCGUGGAGCCCGCUGGCCAUCGGGGCGGCCCUCGGGCUGAUGGUCGCAGUGAUGGGCGGCCGGCCGGCGCUUGCGGCGGACCUCGAGAACGGCGAGAGCGUCUUCCUGGGCAACUGCGCGGCGUGCCACGCGGGCGGGAACAACAGCGUGGUGGCGGAGAAGACCCUGAGGAAGGCGGCCAUCGAGCAGUACUUGACGGGCGGCUACAACGCGGCCGCCAUCAAGACUCAGGUGACGAACGGCAAGGGCUCCAUGCCGGCGUUUGGCGACAAGCUGGGCCCCGACGACAUCGACGACGUGGCGGCCUAUGUCCUCGACCAGUCCACCAAGUGGUGAGCGCCGAGAGCCCACGCCCGGGGCCAGGUGCAGCCAGUGGGCAUCGUCCGCCAGAUUGCUGACCCGAAUAGGGUGGGAGUGCACUGGCGUCUUCGGGCUGGCGACCUCGGCUUUUUUGAUUGUUUAGCAGGGCAUUCAUUUUUUUCAGCGCGGAAUUCUGUACGUAUCCCCUUCGCGCUCGCGUGUGCUAGGCUGGCGGGCUGACGUGCAGGCGGCCGUUGCCUGCGGCCAGCAUCUCGUCUGCUGGAUAACGGUCUUUAUUCAUUCAGGAGGGCUGGAAAAAAGACAGUGCCGCUGCUUCCAUCCCGAGCCGCUUUCUGACGGUCCCGGACCCCUUUUUGGUCGCGGUCUCUGUCUCUAGAUUCUCGACGCGGAUCCGGCCGCGGUGACGGACCCCCCAGAGGCCG